CGACAACUUAUUCGCUUUCGAAGCACUGGACUGUCACGGACGUGGUACCGUUCGCAGGAUCAGAAAUCUCUGCACGACGGAUCUGCAGACAGAGCCACUUGAGCCCUCUGCUCUUGACUUUCGUGCACCUAUUUCUUUCUCUUGACUUUCGUGCACCAUCAAUCUCCUCGUCCUCGUCUCCGCCGUGUCAGACAUGCCUUUUGUUUCCAUGGAGCUUCUCGUGUACCAGCUGAAUCGUGUGUGUCUCUGAGCUCGCGACGAUCCAGUCGAGUCUCGUUCGGUCGAAUUCCCAACCAUCGCUCUGUUGGUGAUGUCAAUUGCGACCGGGAAUUGGGUGGACCUUUCUGAUCAGAUAAUCUGAAUUGGACUUUGCGCUUGGCGGGACGUUAUUUUUCUUUGCGAAGCGAUGGGAAGCGUCGAAGAUGAUCGCAGUGCUCGGCAAUUUCGCUUCUGCAUUGACAGGGGCGGUACAUUUACGGACGUCUAUGCUGAGGUGCCUGGUGAGCCCGGGUGGCGUUUUGUCAAACUGCUUUCUGUAGAUCCUGGUAAUUAUGAUGACGCACCUCGUGAAGGGAUAAGGAGGAUAUUGGAAGAGGUGACUGGUGAGAAAAUUCCACGGUCCAAGAAGCUUCCCACCGAGAAAUUGGACUGGAUACGAAUGGGUACCACGGUUGCCACGAAUGCGUUACUCGAGAGAAGGGGAGAACGAACGGCCCUUUGUGUUACCAAAGGAUUUAGAGAUCUCUUACGAAUUGGCAAUCAAGCACGACCAAAAAUAUUCGACCUCACAGUAGCAGUACCUUCUACAUUAUACGAGGAGGUUAUUGAAGUCGAUGAGCGCAUCCAGCUUGCUUUAACCGGAUCUCGAUCUCCUAUAGACGGCAAACACAAAACAGUGAAAGGACUCUCUGGUGAAUAUGUGGAAGUCGUUAAACCGCUCGACGAGGAAAGCCUGAAGCCAAACCUACAGGCACUUCUUGACAAAGGAAUCCAAAGUCUUGCAGUUGUCUUCCUUCAUUCCUAUACCUACCCAGUGCACGAGCAGGAUGUGGAGCGCAUCGCCAAAGGGAUGGGAUUUAAGCAGGUGUCGAUAUCAUCCGCUCUUAUUCCGAUGGUUCGAGCUGUUCCUAGGGGUCUGACUGCAACUGUUGACGCCUAUUUGACCCCAGUCAUCAAAGAAUACCUUUCCGGCUUUCUGUCAGGAUUUGAUGAGGGACUGGAUAAAGUAUCUGUGUCUUUCAUGCAAUCUGAUGGAGGCCUUACCCCCGAAAGUCGUUUCUCGGGACAUAAGGCCAUUCUAUCAGGACCAGCUGGAGGUGUUGUUGGUUAUGCGCGGACAACUCAUGACUUGGAAACCAAGCAACCGAUAAUAGGAUUUGACAUGGGUGGAACUUCAACCGACGUUAGCAGAUAUGCUGGUAGCUACGAACAGGUCUUGGAGACCCAAACAGCAGGGGUUAUCAUUCAGGCCCCGCAGCUGGAUAUUAACACAGUGGCAGCGGGUGGAGGAUCAAAGCUCAAGUUUCAAGCAGGAGUCUUUAAGGUAGGUCCAGAAUCAGUUAGUGCUCAUCCUGGACCAGUGUGCUAUCGAAAGGGUGGACAGUUGGCUGUCACUGACGCCAAUUUGCUACUGGGGCGAGUCAUACCUCAAUAUUUCCCAUAUAUAUUUGGUCCCACGGAAAACGAGCCCUUGGAUGUGGAGGCAACUCGUGCAGCAUUUCAAGAGUUGGCGACUUCAAUCAAUGUCCAUCGUCGAGAGCAGGAUCCUACGUCUGAAGACAUGAGCGUGGAGGCUAUUGCUUUAGGAUUUUUGGAUGUAGCCAAUGAGGCAAUGUGCCGGCCCAUUCGUCAGCUCACCGAGAUGAAAGGUUACGAGACCAGCAAACAUGCACUAGCCUGCUUUGGUGGAGCAGGACCGCAACACGCAUGUGCUAUUGCUCGCGCUCUUGGAAUGCGCGAGGUUGUGGUUCACCGAUACUGUGGAAUUUUAAGUGCAUAUGGAAUGGGCCUAGCCGACGUAGUUGAAGAAGCACAAGAACCUUUUACGGCAGUUUACGGACCAGAUGCUAUGAAAGAGGUCAUGAAGCGCGCGUCUGCUCUAACUGAGGAGGUUAAGAAACAGCUUAGAAUUCAGAAAUUCAAAGAUAAUGAUAUCUCCACAGAAUUGCUUCUCAAUCUUCGCUACGAGGGAACUGACACCGCUAUGAUGAUAAGCGCUCCCUUAGAUGGUGGUAAUGAUUAUGCCAAAGAAUUUGUGAGGCAGUUUCGAAGAGAGUAUGGCUUCGAGUUGCAAAGGAAAGCAAUUCUAAUUAGUGAUGUAAGAAUUCGAGGAACUGCCGUCACCAAUAUUUUGAGGCCUGUCGUUUUGGAUAAGGCUGUUGGUGAGCCUGAAGCUGAAAGUACUUUACAUAAAGUUUUCUUUGGAACGGGUUGGCAUGAUACUCCGAUUUUCAUGCUGGAGAAACUUGGAUAUGAUCAUUCUAUCGCAGGUCCGGCAAUUAUUAUGAAUGGUAACAGCACGAUUGUGGUGGAGCCCGAUUGCAAGGCUUUCGUCACUAAGUACGGUAAUGUGCGCAUUGAAGUUGGUACUAGUACGGGUCAGACAGUGGACACAAAAGCGGAUGUGAUACAACUCUCCAUAUUCAACAAUCGGUUUAUGGGCAUUGCUGAGCAGAUGGGUCGGACUUUGCAAAGAACUUCAAUAUCUACCAAUAUUAAGGAACGCUUGGACUUUUCUUGUGCAUUGUUCGGUCCAGAUGGGGGCCUCGUGGCAAAUGCUCCCCAUGUUCCCGUGCACCUUGGAGCAAUGUCAAGUACUGUGCGCUGGCAACUUGAGUACUGGGGGAGCAACUUGAAAGAGGGUGAUGUUCUAGUGACUAAUCAUCCAGCUGCAGGAGGAAGCCAUCUUCCAGAUAUCACUGUUAUCACUCCAGUCUUCAAAGAUAAACAGCUUAUAUUUUUUGUCGCAAGUAGAGGGCAUCAUGCAGAAAUUGGUGGUGUGACGCCCGGCAGCAUGCCUCCGUUCUCAAAAGCUAUUUGGGAAGAAGGAGCAGCCAUUAAAGCCUUUAAGUUGGUGGAAAAUGGCGAAUUUCAGGAGGAUGGAAUUCGUAAAAUUUUGGAGGCAGAGACCAUUGAUACUGAGGGAGAAAACAAGGAUGGAAAAGCUCGCGUAGUCCCAGGCACCCGGAGGGUAGAGGAUAAUCUGUCUGACCUGAAAGCUCAGGUGGCCGCUAAUCAGAGAGGAAUAGUAUUGAUUGAGGAGCUCAUAGCUCAAUACAAUCUUGAAGUGGUCCAGGCCUACAUGCACCAUGUUCAGGCAAAUGCCGAGGCGGCCGUUCGGGAGAUGUUGAGAGAGAUGGCCAAAGUGGCUGGCAAACAGUCUUCGUCUGCGAAACACGGGGACCAUGUGGUUGUUGAAGCUGAAGAUUACAUGGAUGAUGGAUCUAUCAUACAUUUGAAAUUAGAUAUCAAUGUAAAAGAAGGAUCGGCGCAUUUUGACUUUGACGGGACAAGUCCUGAGGUGUACUCUAAUUGGAAUGCUCCAGAAGCAGUAACAGCUGCCGCAAUAAUCUACUGCCUACGUUGCCUGGUUGAUGUAGACAUUCCCCUCAAUCAAGGUUGUCUCGCACCCGUGACCAUAAAUAUACCUAAGGGUUCCUUUUUAUCACCGAGUGAUAAAGCUGCCGUUGUCGGUGGAAAUGUCUUGACAUCUCAGCGCGUGACUGAUGUAGUGCUGAAUGCAUUCAAAGCUUGCGCCUGCUCUCAAGGGUGCAUGAAUAAUCUCACAUUUGGAGAUAGCAGUUUUGGAUACUAUGAGACAAUAGGAGGUGGAAGUGGAGCGGGACCUACAUGGCAUGGCACGAGUGGAGUCCAAUGUCACAUGACCAAUACCCGCAUGACAGACCCAGAAAUCUUUGAACAACGCUAUCCGGUGUUACUCCACAGAUUCGGACUAAGGGAAGGUAGUGGUGGAGCUGGAAGGUUUAAAGGAGGUGAUGGGAUUGUUCGAGAGAUCGAAUUCCGGAGACCAGUGACAGUUAGCAUUCUGUCCGAGAGACGUGUACAUGCACCUCGGGGUCUUGCAGGUGGGGAAGACGGAGCUAGAGGCCAGAACUUAUUGUUCAAGGCAGAUGGGAGAUGCGUUUACCUCGGAGGGAAGAACUCGGUGCAUGUAGAAGCAGGGGAAAGAAUCAAAAUUAUGACUCCUGGUGGCGGUGGGUAUGGACCCUCGGACUCGAAGUAGCUCAGAACAUGACGUGGAUAGAACACUUAUUUCACAAAGUGUUUGGACCUUUUAUUCAUAAAGGAUAGUUCCAUUAAUCUGAAAUCCGAUUGACAUUCGAUGAUCUGACAUAGCGUUACUUAUGCAUCAAUAAGUUUGGAGAAGACUAGAACAUCUAGAAAUAUGGUUUUUGUUCAUAGGUCUUUGAGUAAGCACUAGUUUGGAGGAACUGCAAGCUAUAUAAUUACGUCAAACCUAGUCUGUAUAUCACAUCACGUUAUAUUUUGUGUAUCUCACAUUUCCAUGUAUAGAUAGAUAUAAAUAAUUUCAAAAUACUAAAAGUAGAAAUGUAUUGAAUUAUGAAAUUAUUGAAUGUUUGAAGAACCUUAUGAUAGUAUUAAUUAUGUAUACUCAAAUUUAUUAAAACUAAAUAAUUCAUCUCACAUAUGCACAAAAAAUAUAUAUUUUAAAAUAUAUAUUUUUAUCAUAAAUUGAUAUAUUUGUACUAAUUGCUUCCGUUUAUC